CUCCCGAGAACCAUCGCUCAGGCCGGGCCUAGCAGGGAACAAACGAGGCCCCUGAGAGCUCCAUCCAGUUCGCCGGAUAACAGCCCACAGCAGAAUUCGGAGUCAGCAAUGGCUAAACCCCAGGUGGUUGUAGCUCCUGUAUUAAUGUCUAAGCUGUCUGUAAACGCCCCUGAAUUCUACCCGUCAAGUUACUCUUCUAAUUAUACAGAAUCCUAUGAGGAUGGCUGUGAGGAUUAUCCUACGUUACCAGAAUAUGUUCAGGAUUUUUUGAAUCAUCUUACAGAACAGCCUGGCAGUUUUGAAACUGAAAUUGAACAGUUUGCAGAGACCCUGAAUGGCUGGGUUACAACAGAUGAUGCUUUGCAAGAACUUGUGGAACUCAUCUAUCAACAGGCCACAUCUAUCCCCAAUUUCUCUUACAUGGGAGCGCGCCUCUGUAACUACCUGUCCCAUCAUCUGACAAUUAGCCCACAGAGUGGCAACUUCCGCCAAUUGCUACUUCAAAGAUGUCGGACUGAAUAUGAAGUUAAAGAUCAAGCUGCAAAAGGGGAUGAAGUGACUCGAAAACGAUUCCAUGCGUUUGUACUCUUUCUGGGAGAACUUUAUCUUAACCUGGAGAUCAAAGGGACAAAUGGACAGGUUACAAGGGCAGACAUUCUUCAGGUCGGUCUUCGGGAGUUGCUGAAUGCCCUCUUCUCUAAUCCUAUGGAUGACAACUUAAUUUGUGCAGUAAAAUUACUGAAGUUGACAGGGUCAGUUUUAGAAGAUGCCUGGAGAAAAGGAAAGACUGACAUGGAAGAAAUUAUUCAGAGAAUUGAAAAUGUUGUCCUAGAUGCAAAUUGCAGCAGAGAUGUAAAACAGAUGCUUUUGAAGCUUGUAGAACUCCAGUCAAGUAACUGGGGUAGAGUCCAUGCAGCUUCAACAUACAGGGAAGCAACACCUGAAAAUGAUCCUAAUUAUUUUAUGAAUGAGCCAACAUUUUAUACAUCUGAUGGUGUUCCUUUCACUGCAGCUGAUCCAGAUUACCAAGAGAAAUAUCAAGAGUUACUUGAAAGAGAAGACUUUUUUCCAGAUUAUGAAGAAAAUGGAACAGAUUUAUCAGGGGGUGGUGAUCCGUACUUGGAUGAUAUUGAUGAUGAGAUGGACCCAGAGAUAGAAGAAGCUUAUGAAAAGUUUUGUUUGGAAUCAGAGCGUAAGCGAAAACAGUAAAGUUAAAUUUCAGCGUAUCAGUUUUAUAAAGCAGUUUAGGUUAUGGUGAUUUAGCAGAACACAGGAAAGCAAGAAAAUGUGUCACACUUAUACCAAAUUAAGGGUGUUGAGUUAUGUUACUAAUGUAUGCAACUUUAAUUUUGUUUAACACUCUCUGCCAAAAUAAACUUUAUUCCCUAUAACUUAAAAUGUGUAUAUAUAUAUAAUAGUUUAUUAUGUACAGUUAAUUCCACUGUUUUGGCUGCAAUAAAAUCGAUUUUGAAAAAAAAAAUAAAA